AUGCUGCUGCUGCUGCUGUUGCUGGCGGGUGUGGGCGGUGCAGCCGUUGCAUCAUUCGACUCACUGGCAUGCUCGGCGUUGUUGUUGUUGUUGUUGUUGUUGUUGUUGUUGUUGUUGUUGUUGUUGUUGUUGUUGUUGUUGUUGUUGUUGUUGUUGUUGUUGUUGUUGUUGUUGUUGUUGUUGUUGUUGUUGUUGUUGUUGUUGUUGUUGUUGUUGUUGUUGGUGGUGGUGGUGGUGGUGUCGUCGUCGUCAUCAACAUUCAUUGCUUCGCGCGCCAGCUCCCGGGAUCACUGCUGCACGCGCGAGCAAUGA